UGGAGGACUGUCCAAGAACUCCGAGAACACACGUCUUUAUCUUUUUCCCUGGCCAAGCAUCGAUACGAAGAAGAAGUAUCAUUCAUUUUUGUUAAUAAAAACGGAUUUAAGCAGGGAAUAAGAAUACACGACAGGAAAAUAUCAACGGUGAAACUGAUGAUGGUGGCUCACUCUCGCCCCCUGCUGGAGAUGUUGCUGCAGUUGCUCAUCUUCUGCUUUCCUGCCCUUGGUUUCUCUUCUGACAGAUACUUCUACCAAGACAUUUUCAAUAGCAAUGGCAAUGGAGAAAUCCACUUUAAAGGUGUAAAGCUCCGUGUGGACUCCUCCCAGCCCUCUGUGUACGCUUUGCGGGGGAGUAAAACAAUUCUGUCCUGCCAGUACUGGUACGAGCCUGAGUUAACCUCCCCCAGGAAGGUGCGGGUGAAGUGGUCCUGGCUGCCUGCCGUGGGCGGACAUGAAACGGACGUGCUCGUGGCCAUCGGGCCCAACUCACGCAGCUUUGGGGACUUCAAGGGCCGGGUUCAUCUCCCACAGUACUCGCCAGGAGACGCUUCGCUAGUCAUGACAGAGCUCCAGCUCAACGACACAGGUCGUUACCGCUGUGAGGUCAUCGAUGGGGUGGAGGAUGAGAGUGCCACCGUUGACCUCGAGCUACGAGGGGCAGUGUUCCCCUACCAGCCUCGUCACGGCCGCUACAACAUGACCUACCAUGAAGCCCAGCAAGUCUGCGUGGAGCAGGACUCCACUCUGGCCACCUUUGAGCAGCUGUUCCAGGCUUGGGAGGAGGGGCUGAACUGGUGCAACGCCGGCUGGCUGGCUGACGGGACAGUGCAAUACCCCAUCACCCAGCCCAGAAUGCCCUGUGGGGGGCCGGGCCUCGGACCCGGGGUUAGGAGUUAUGGUAGACGGCACCGCCAGCUCCACCGCUAUGAUGUCUUCUGCAUCUCCUCUUCCCUGCAAGGGAAAGUCUUCUACCUCCAACGCACCCACAAGCUCAACUUCACUGAAGCCCAGCAAGCGUGUUUCGAUGAGGGGGCCCAGAUAGCCAAGGUUGGCCAGCUCUACGCCGCCUGGAGGUUCAUGGGCCUGGACCGCUGUGACGCCGGGUGGCUCGCUGAUGGGAGUGUACGUUACCCCAUCACCAAACCCCGUCGCAACUGUGGCCCCAUGGAAGCAGGGGUGCGCAGCUUUGGGUUCGCCCCUCCACACCAAAGGCAUGGGGUGUAUUGCUACAGUGCAGUUGUAGUGUUCCCCUACCAGCCUCGUCGCGGCCGCUACAACCUGACCUACCAUGAGGCCCAGCAAGUCUGCGUGGAGCAGGACUCCACUCUGGCCACCUACGAGCAGCUGUUCCAGGCUUGGAAGGAGGGGCUGAACUGGUGCAACGCCGGCUGGCUGGCUGACGGGACAGUGCAAUACCCCAUCACCAGGCCCAGAAACCCCUGUGGGGGGCCGGGCCUCGGACCCGGGAUUAGGAGUUAUGGCACUCGCCACCGUCAGCUGGAGCGCUAUGAUGUCUUCUGCUCCUCUUCCCCUAUCCGAGGUAAGGUCUUCUACCUCCAGCCUGCCCACAAGCUUAACCUUACUGAGGCCCGUGAGGCGUGUUUCGAUGAGGGGGCCCAGAUAGCCAAGGUUGGCCAGCUCUACGUUGCCUGGAGGUUCAUGGGCCUGGACCGCUGUGACCCUGGGUGGCUUGCUGAUGGAAGCGUACGUUACCCCAUCACCAAACCCCGUCGCAACUGUGGCCCCAUGGAAGCAGGGGUGCACAGCUUUGGGUUUGCCCCUCCACACCAAAAGCAUGGGGUGUACUGCUACACUGAAGGUAUGCAAUAAAUGUGAUACACUACACAUUUAUCUACAUACCACAAAUCCUCUAUCAAAGAUGACCAACAUGCACAAAUGAAUGCUUAUCUCAUAUACAGAAGAGUUGGGCCUACUAUAUAUUAGGGGGUGAUGGUUUGUUGUGGUGAGAACUUAUUCCUGCAGUAUUUCUAUUGUAACUGUCAUCUGCAAACAACAUCCUGGGAGACAGUUAUCUUGGGGACUAAUAUAUUAAUUGUGAGCAGUCAGCAGGUUAGCAGCACCACUGUGAAUAAUCUGAUCUCAUCCAGGGUCUACCGUUCACUACAUCUAGGGUCAAUGAGAUAAGAACUAUGAGAACUAUAUACAAAUGUCUUCAAAACUGAAAAAUGUUAUACAUGAAAGUCGAAUGCCUUGAACCAUUGUAAUGGUUUUCAGAGGUUGUCCUCAGCACACCAAUGUUUAAAAAAAUAUCUUUACUGUAUGCUUAUCUAUGACUGUUUAUAGAUGGAUGAAUGCUAUACUUAGAAUGUUUACCAAUAAUAUUCAAAUCUUACUUUAGCCUACAGUGUGAGCAAUUGCUAAGUAUAUAUGAAUUUACUUGUAUUUCCAAAUCAGACCUCAACUGCAACAUACUCUUUGUAAACAUUUUGUAUGUACA